CUCUGAAAAGGAAAAAUCUUAAAUUAAUAGUUAUUUAUUAAUUAUUAUUUAUUUUUUAACAUUCAAAAUAACGAGUACCACUACUGAAUAAAAAAAAAUAAAAAUGUUUGGAUACUUAAAAGGAAGAAAUGUAAUUGCACUGACUAUUUUUGCCGUCUGUCUCAACACAUGUUUCAGUCAAUUUCAAAGACAGCGAUUCGAUUCCCGACAAAACAACCUGGAUUUUAACAAACCAUCGCCGUUUGCUGGACAAUCAUUUUCACGAUCUCCUCAACAAUCUUCGGGCUUGUGCCCCGAAAGAACUGGAAGGUUCCCGGUACCCAAUCAGUGCGAUGCUUACAUAGAAUGUAUUGAUGGCGAAGGUGAACAAAAAUUCUGUCCUGAAGGCCUCCUUUUUAAUCCCGAUGCGCGGUUUAAUUAUCCAUGCGGCUAUCCUAUUGACAUUAGCUGUGAAGGACGUCCCAACCUACAGCCGGCUCAGCCCACUGAUGACUGCCCUCAUCAAUAUGGUUACUUUAAGGUCGGCCAAAGUGCCGCAGAUUGCGGUCAAUUCAUGAAUUGCGCCGGAGGGGUUGGUUACAUGUUCAAUUGUCCAGAAGGUUUGGCCUUCAAUGCUCAAAGUUACAGGUGUGAUUGGCCGGAUCAAGUUUCUGAUUGUGACGUUGAAGCUUUCUUGAAAUUCACUUGUCCACCGUCACCGUCCGAUGAGAAUCAGAACCUCUUUGCAGUAAGUGAACCUGUAAGGUUCUUCAGAAGCCCCCACGACUGUCAAAGAUAUUUCAUCUGUGUGAACGGUAAACCGCGUCUUCAAAAUUGUGGCGAAGGUAACGCCUUCAAUGAGUUAAUCAACGCCUGUGACGCUGCUGAAAAUGUUACCGGAUGUGAACCGCCUUUUAUACCUGACCAAGAAGAAGAAGAAGAACCCCUUAGGUUCCAAGCACCAAGACGUUUUAACACUGGACCGCAAGCUGCGCAAAAAGGACGAGUUAGACUGUUUUAAAUUCAUGGAAUAAUUAUAAAUCUUCUGUAUAAUAAUUAAUUAAAUAAUUCGUUUUAAAAACUCA